CGUCUUGAGAGUGGAGCGUAGAGGAGAUGUGAAUUGUGAGUUGUCGGGGCCGGCACAUACUGGCCACAGGCGGAGCUCUGCUGACACGUCAGAAAAGACACACUUGUAAACACAGCACUUCUAUCAGGAAAAAGGAAGACAGAGUUCAAACUUCAAACGCAGCAGGACUUGCUCUGAGCCUCACGCUUGUGAAAUAAAAACACGAUGUUCCCGGUGUAAUGCCAGAGACGUAGAGCAUCCAAGUAAAGUACUGAAUCGAAACAUUUUUCAAGCUACUGGUGUCACAAUGGAAAAUCAGUAAAUAACAAUAAAUAGAAGUUUGAAUAAUAACUAGCGGUGCGGCACCCCUACCAGCUGCACAUAUACGUGUAUAUACAUGGAUCCUAAGACAAGCUGUCCCAGUGUGCGGAUUCCCAGCCAUGAUGAACAUCGAGAAAACAGAAAGCGGUUUACAGUGUACAAGGUCAUGGUCUCUGUGGGGAGGAAUGAAUGGUUUGUGUUCAGGCGGUAUGCAGAGUUUGAUAAACUGUACAACACGCUUCGGAAACAGUAUCCCAACAUGAACUUGAAGAUUCCUGCCAAACGGAUAUUUGGGGAUAACUUUGAUCCAGAUUUUAUCCGGCAGAGGCGAGCAGGACUGAAUGAAUUUAUUCAGAAUAUACUGCGACACCCAGAGCUGUGCAGCCACCCUGAUGUCCAGGUGUUUUUAAAGUUAGAUUGUCCCAGGCUUCAGUCUGCACCUUCAGAAGACGAGGACGAGAGGGCUGAUCAGAAGAAUGGUUCACCUUCUCAGAGCUACAACCUGGGACCUACUGGAAACCCUUAUGCUAAACCAUCAGAUUUUGAAUACCUAAGGCUGAUUGGGAAAGGUAGCUUUGGAAAGGUUGUUCUCACACGCGGGAGACAUGAUGGGAAGUUCUAUGCAGUUAAAGUGUUAACUAAGAAAGUUAUCCUUAACAAGAAAGAGCAAAAGCACAUUAUGGCUGAAAGGAACGUACUUUUAAAAAACGUGAAACAUCCUUUUCUGGUGCGGUUACAUUACUCGUUUCAAACAUCAGACAAGCUGUUCUUUGUUCUGGAUUUUAUUAAUGGAGGAGAGCUCUUUUUCCAUCUGCAAAGAGAGCGUUAUUUUUCUGAACCAAGAGCGCUCUUUUACUCUGCGGAAAUUGCCAGCGCGUUGGGCUACCUGCAUUCUAUGGAAAUCAUAUACAGAGAUCUAAAACCUGAAAACAUUCUCUUAGAUUCCCAGGGUCAUAUCGUUUUAACGGAUUUUGGGUUAUGCAAGGAAGGGGUCGCAACUUCGGACACUACGCUCACCUUUUGUGGGACACCAGAGUAUCUAGCACCCGAAGUCAUACUGAAGCAACCAUACCACAACACCGUAGACUGGUGGUGCCUGGGAUCUGUUCUCUAUGAAAUGCUGCAUGGCCUGCCUCCUUUUUACAACCGAGACACAGCUACGAUGUAUGAGAAUAUUCUUCACAAGCCUCUGAUUAUGAGACCGGAUAUAAGUUUGCCUGCUUCGUCCAUCUUAGAAGAACUGCUUGACAAAAAUCCCAAAUUGAGACUCGGAGCAAAUAAUGACUUUAAAGAUAUCAAAAACCACCCUUUCUUUGCAUCUAUAGACUGGUCAGAUCUUGUACAAAAGAAAAUACAUCCACCGUACGACCCUCAUGUGAACGGCCCCGACGAUAUUUCCAAUUUUGACCGAGAAUUUACAGAUGCAAUGGUCCCAGAUUCCGUGUGUGUUUCCUCAGACUAUUCCAUCGUCAAUGCCAGCGUUGAAGAACCAGACGACGCAUUUGUUGGAUUUUCUUACGCUCCACCAUCUGAUGACUUUUGCUUUUUAGAAAAUUGACCGCCGAUGUACGCUAGGCAUGCUGGCCCGUAUAAGUCCUGCUCCAACUCAAUAGGCAUCUAGUCAAUAUAUUCCGAUUCAGCAGCUGUGAAGGGCUCCUGUGAAGCCCUGCUGGUCUCUGAAUAAUA